AUGCACAAGCCGCACGCACGACGUUGUUGUCUUGAAGGGACAAUAGGCGUGUCUGAACUUAGCACGAAGGCAGCCAAACAGACAGAUGCGAGCAAAUACAUCCCUACAUUAUUACCACAAGAGAGACGUAUGACUGCAACAGAGAGGGAGAGAGUGCUGAUGAGCGAUUUCGGUCUUGAAAGUCUCAUCAACUCAUCAUCGAAACAGUUCUACGGUUAA